UUGUUGAUAUUUCUCCCGGCAAUCUUAAUUCCAACUUUUGAUUCAUCUAGCCCUGCCUUUCUAAUAAAAUAUAACAUAGGCAAAUACAAGUAAGGCUGCGUAUAUUAUCUAAACAUAUUAUUCUGUCACUUGGAGCUGGAGUUUUUAUGACUGAAAGUAGCUAAUGGUUUAUAUAAUUCAAUUUAUUAUUCUGUAAAAGUAGGAUCCAUAGUAUGGUACUGACAACUGUGAAUUAAUCACACUUACAUUUGUCUCUUUUUGUUGUACGGAAGGUUCUGUUCUUUUGGCUUUUUUCCCCAAUGACAUUCAAAUGCUGCUUGGAAACAUUUAAAGAAAAAAUUGUGAACUUUUGAGGAAAAUGUUUUUUUCUGCUUGAAAUAUAAAAAAUGCUGUGCUUCAGGAAUUAGAUGGCCUAGUCUCUGGUAUUUGAACAUAGAUCUUUUUAACAUUGAUAUUUUAUUUUAUUCUAGAUGAAAUGUUAAUAUAUAUUGUUAGUCCAUGUAUGAUAUGCCAUAUGCUAAAAAAAUCUGCUUGAAAUAUAGAUUGGGGGGAAAUGUCACACCGUACAAGAUGUCUGUAGCUGUUUCCCAAAUAAGCAUUGUACAUAUCAUAUGUUACUUGAACCUUUCUCUCCCCCCCCCCAUCUUUUCAUUCUUCUCUCUCUCUCUCUCUCUCUCUCUCUCCUCUUUUUGCUCUCUGUAUGCAGCAAAGCGCAUAGCAUGGAAACUAAAUCGUGUUGGCAGCCUGCGAAAUAUAUACAGCAGCAGCACCAACACUGAAGAGCAAAAAGAACAUUUUGAAUUUAUCAUUGUGUCCCUUACUGGCCAGACAUGGCACUUUGAAGCUACAACAUAUGAAGAAAGAGAUGCUUGGGUCCAAGCAAUAGAGAGUCAGAUUCUGGCCAGCCUACAAUCAUGUGAAAGCAGCAAAAAUAAGUCCCGACUAUCAAGUCAGAAUGAGGUCAUGGCUCUUCAGUCAAUAAGAAACUUCAGAGGCAAUUCUCACUGUGUAGAUUGUGAAAUACAAAAUCCUGACUGGGCAAGUUUAAAUUUGGGAGCACUCAUUUGUAUUGAAUGCUCAGGGAUACACCGAAACCUUGGUACACAUUUAUCACGUGUCCGUUCACUUGACUUGGAUGAUUGGCCUGUGGAACUCAUCAAAGUAAUGUCCUCCAUUGGAAAUGAAUUAGCAAAUAGUGUAUGGGAAGAAAAAACCCAAGGCCAUGCAAAACCUGUUCCAAACUCCACAAGGGAAGAAAAAGAGCAGUGGAUCCGGGCCAAAUAUGAGCAAAAACUCUUUCUUGCUCCACUGCAAUGUUUAGACCUUUCUUUAGGUCAGCACCUGCUACAAGCAACUGCAGAGGAAGAUCUGCGGACUGUCAUCCUGCUUCUUGCGCAUGGGACACGUGAAGAAGUGAAUGAAACCUGUGGAGAAGGGGAUGGGCGAUCAGCUUUACAUUUGGCUUGCGGGAAAGGAAAUGUCGUGUUGGUGCAGCUCUUAAUUUGGUAUGGUGUUGAUGUUAUGGCACGUGAUGCCCAUGGAAACAAUGCUUUGACCUAUGCGAGACAAGCAACAAGCCAAGAAUGCAUUGAUAUCCUCCUGCAGUAUGGUUGCCCGGAUGAGCGCUUUGUCCUUACAGCUACUCCCAAUUUAUCCCGAAAGAAUACUAAUAAGAACAACAGCAGUGCAAGGAUCAUCUGAACAAUUUAGUUCUUCGUCUCCUUGUACAGCCUUCUAUUAGUUUGAAAGUGUAAAUCUAUAUGUCUCUAAAAAAUUGCUUCUCUUCUUCUUCUUUUCAUUUCCACCAAGAUAUUGUUAAGUAGCACUGAGAGUGUUAAUACACAAGGAAAAAUGAAUUACAGAGACCAUUUAUAGUAAUACAAUGAUUUUGAAUGAAAAAAUAUAGAAGGGAGAGAAUAAAGAGGGAUCAUGAAUAUACUAAUGAAAUAGCUCAUGACAGGGGACCAUUUUACUGGAUAUCUAGGUUGAGUUUUAGGAGUAUUGCAUGAGAGUUACUGGAGAGAGACAAUAGAAGGAAAAAGACAAAAAAAUGGUAACUUUCUUUAACUGACAGUUAAGUGCAUUCAUACAUUUCAUCUCUACCAAACUGAACAUUUGGGUUUCAUUCUCUUUUCCGAAGAGCUUGACGGCAUAAAUCAGAGGCAAGCACAGAGUUUUUCAGGUCUGAAGCUCCUAUGAUGGUAUGUGUCAAAUCAGUUGUAGCUAAUCUGUCCAGAGAGAAUACUGGCUUCAUUACACUUAUAUAGUUGAGUUCUUCCAGCAUUACUGCUGUUUAAUAGAACAUGAUUAGUCAUCAUGGAGAAAAAGGCAUAUUAGCCGAGGAGGUAGUUACAUGCCACGCUUCAGUGAUUGCUUGGAUGUGAUUGCAAUAUUCUUAGAAGCAUCAUAUUAUCUCAGACAUGUUCUUUGAAGCCCUUGGAGCCUUCCUUUCUAAAUUCACUGUCAUAAUUUAGUAUCUGUUUAAUUUUUCAGUCCAAAGAGAGAAAAUCAGUUCCUGAGCAUUAUUUGACUACAACCUCAUUGGUGGAAAAACAAAAUAGAAAAAAUAAAAAUAGCCAUGAAAUGCAAAGAGGAAUAAUGAAUACUGCUAGGGAAAAUAUAUUUCAUGUACAUUCAUGAGAAUAACUAUAUAAAAAGCCUUCUUUUUAAAUAUUAGCUGGGAUCUUUCAUGUGCAUUUCCUAAAGUAAGCAGAUUUUGUAUUGUAUUCCUUGGUUAACAGUAUAAAGACAUGAAUUAGAAUUCUAAGUGUUCAUAAAUAUGGAUUGAUUUUUUUAAAGUACAUAAGUACAUUUUUUGUUAAUUUGUAAAUUGCAAUUAAUGUAAAAUAAUGUACAGAUAGUAAUAAUCUAAGGGAUCACAGAUCAUAAUGAUAGAUCAUGGAAAUAAUGCCAUAUUUUAUUCCUUUGAUUGAGAUCACAUCUGAUUAUAAUAUUGGUGCACAUGUUUAUAGAAAAAUGGUCAUGGCCUAUGAUUUGGAAGGGCAGGAUAACGUUCUGCCUUCCAGAAGGACAAAUAUCCACUGCAUAUUGUGGUGGGACUGUAUACUCUGAGUGGAGGAAGACUGAAAACUAUGAGUAAGGAAUGCAGAAAAUGAGGCACAUUCUGGUAAUUACUUUGAUAUCACUUUUUAAAAGGGAAUAUGGUUUCUUGCAUUCCAAAACAAUUUGGCUGAAUAGGCUGAUUUGGGAAAAGUUUAGCAUUUAAUUAUAGAUUAUAACAUUUUCAUUAUUUUAAGUAGCACUGAACUAUUUUUUGUUUUUCCUUCCUUUGUAUGAGCAAAGAUAAACAUAGUAUUCUAGAAAAUGAAGAUGGUUAAUACUAGAUAGAAAAAGUCAUAAGCAAUUUUUUAAUGGCCAACUGAACAAUUCCAUUAUAUUUUUUGUUUGAAGGAAAAGUAUUUGGAGACAAUACGGCAUUGGAUUAAAAAUGUAUUGAUAAGGUAAAAAGAAAAAGUUUGAAAUUUCUUGAAAAAUUAAGAAACAGCCAUAUCACUUAUAAUAUUUAUUGGCAUACUGUUCCUUGGCUUUCUGUUUUCAUAUAUUAGAUUUCUAAACAUUUUAAACAAAAAUAAAUUCUUUGUGAUAGCAAUCUCACAACAUGAAUAUAAGUUUAUCAUUUGGAACAUAUUCAAGCAUAUUAGGGUGUCUGCAGCAAGCCAAGUUUUGUCAAAAUGGUGACAAUAUAAACUGUACCUCCUUGUAUACUAUCUUGGGAUGUCAUGAAUGCAGUACCAAAGAGGUGGAGUUUGCAUUGCAAUCUUCAAUCACAUAUUUUAUGAGUUGUCCUCCCUUGAGCUGCUGUCUAUGAAACAGAUCCUAGUUAAAAAUAGCUUUCUUCACAGUUCAUAUUUGAUAGUGCUACCUAUUGUCUUCUAUUCACAAGUAAACUAGCUGACAUGUUCUUGAAUACCUCCACCAAUUGCAGGGGAAGUACAGGAGAAUAUCUGCCGCUUUUCAGAGAGGUGCUGGACUUCUUUUAAAAUACACUAAAGUAUCAUAUCAGUGAAGAGGUUGCAACCUAGGUUGUUGAGAAAGCUAUCACCAAAUCCAGCAUGAACUUUCCGUCUUAGUAAUAGUUAUCCCCAAGACUGAAUGAACUUACCCUCUUAAAGCUAUACAGCAAAUUAAAAGAUUUCUCAAUCAAAAAUUACAUUUCCCAAUAGUUUCAUAAAUUUAACUUUUUAAAAUAACUUUUUAAUUAUUACUUUGAAUCUUUUUGCAUGAAACAGUAAGGAUCAGUUUAUUUUCAUUAUAAAAUUGUAGGCAAGUACGUAAGAAGGAAGGAACUCAAGUUGAUGGAAGUAUUUAAGAUUUCUAUUGAGAAUAUAUACCACAAACCCAGAAUAGUUCCUGUAAUUAAAGAAUUGUAAUAGUUAAGUUUGGAUUAAUACCAUUAUUUUGACCUAAAUGAAAGUGUUGAAUGUUGGUGAGGAGUUUUGAAACUCUCUAAGGAAGUUUUGUGGAAUACAUUCAGGUUUUAGCACAUCCUUCUCAUCAUUAUAUAGUAUCUGUAAAUCUUUAGAUAGAAGUGAUUCUUCAUAAUAAAUCUACCUUGAGUUGAUCUUUGAUGACCACAUUAACAAAUCUAUGUUGUUUUCUUGGCAACAAUAUGGAAGAGGUUACUCAUUGUCUUUUCCAAUAUUAUAAUUUUCCAGUCCAGUGUCAUCUUUAUAGAGCUGAGGCUUUCUCCCUGUUUUCCAUCGAGGAACUAAUGAAGUCCAGUUAGAUGUCAUCAUAUUCUAUGACUAUGUUAUAAAAAAUUAUACAAAUCAUACCCCCCCCUCUCUUCACACUCUUAAGUGAAAGUAAGGCACCUAAAAGUUGAUGUAUGUAGUAUAUAAACUAGUCUGUGAAUGUAUUUGUGUCUGCAUGCACAGACACACACUCACAUUUUAGCAUCUUCUUUUCAGCUUAAGAAUAUGUUGCCAGCUAUAUAUUCAGUAUUACCAAGAUUAAUGACUCUUUAGAUGUUUGCACAACAUUUAUAUGUAUCUGUUGUUUGCUCAAAGUGCUUGAAAAAUGUAAGUUUUUCAGUAGAAUUAGACCAGGAUUGUCAAACUCAAUUUCAUUGAGGGCCGCAUUGCGGUUGUCCUCAGGGGGCCAGAUAGGUGUGGCCAGGGUGGG